UGUGACUAAGCUAGUAGCAAUAAAAAGCGUUCUUUGCUGCAAACAGGCUCACGUGUUAAUUUCUAUUUCAACAGGUUAUGGGCCCAGCUGUACGCACAGCUAACAGCUACUCUGUUUGAUCAAUUAUUUUUUUGUGUGUGUGUCCCCGGCUAACUGUUCCCAAGAAAUUAGAAAUUCUUUUCUGGAGUGAUGGAGAAAGAUGGCGGCCGCCAUGUUGUAUGGUGUCUGGAUGGGAAAAACUACGCGUCUUGGAAAUUUGGAAUGAAGCUGGCAUUACAAAGUGUUGAGCUUUGGGAGGUCGUGAACGGGACUCAACGGCAACCUGCUGAAAGACGCAAUGCUGACCAGGUGAUUGAAAAUGCAGCUGAUAUAACCAACUGGAACAAGAGAAAUACCAGGGCAAUGCAGAACAUUUUUGGUGCCAUCAAAGAAGAACAAUCAAGGAUCCUGAUGUCUUGUAGCACAGCCCAAGAGAUGUGGAUGAAAUUGGAGACUGAAUAUGAAGAAGCUGCCGCAGACAAUGCAACCCUAUUGUGGACAAAGUUCUAUGGAUGCACCUUUCGGCCAAGCCAAAGUGUAUCAAGCUUCCUGACUGAGUUGGAACAGAUAGCAUUCCGUCUGAAGAGCCUCAACAUAGCUAUUGAUGAUAAUCAAAUAAUGGCAAAGAUACUCAUGUCACUUCCUCCAGAGUUCCGUGUUUUUGCCUUUGCAUGGGACAGCACGCCUGUUGCAGAGAAAACUCUCAAGAAACUGACUACUCGCCUUAUAGCAUUGGACAAGAGCCUGCGCAACGAUGAAGAAGCAAAAUCGACAUCUGAUACUGCCUUUCUCAGUAAGCCGAACAGAGAUGAAUCACAGCAUGAAGAGCACAAAGAGCAAGCACUUCCUGCCCAGUAUGGUCAGAAGAAAGGAAGAAGCCACCCUUCCAGUCAACAACGCUGGUAUACCGAGAACAUGCUGGGAGUGCAACUCCACUACGCAUGUUAGAGCUAAAUGCCGUCAAUACAAACGCCGGCGUGAGAGAGAAGAAGAAGAAGCGGACAGAAAAAGGAAGCGUUACGAUCGACAUAACACAAGAGAUGAUGACCUGCACAGACUUGAACCUAGUACUGCUCUUGUGGGAAUCGACCGCUACAACCACUAGGCUGCCACUCACUUCAAGUAUCCCCGUGACAAUAUUGGCGUUCGGGAUAUAGGGGAGGUAUAACUGAAGAGUUAAAGGAGGCUAUUAGUUUUUUCUUAUUUUUAUUGUUUGUCUUGUGACACAGAACCUAGUAUUGAUGUCUGAUUCAAAUAUGUUGUGUAUCCUGUGAUCAUGUUUAUUUUUGGGGGUCCAGUUUGAGGGGAGGUGUUGAGUGUAAAAGAUGAACAAACUGGACAGUGCGGCAACGCAGGAUAGCCAGUAACGAAGGAAGGGGGGGGAAGGACCUACCCAGACAAAAGGAAUGGGAGAGAGACUCAUUGCUGUCGACGAUUGUGACUAAGCUAGUAGCAAUAAAAAGCGUU